GAGCGGGAUAACGGCAGCGCAUAAUCUCUCUCGGAUUCUAUUUGAUUUAAAUUAGGAUUUAUUAAAGUCUGUUUCCACAGCAGACAGUACAGAAGACAGUUUCUGCAAUGGGACAAGCUACUUGACAGAAGAGGGAAUGCGCAGCAGGAAAACUAAGCAUGGCUGCCCAUCGGAUACGAUCUGCAAACAACAAUGCAUUUCCACGCUGCAAGUCUGAGGGAACGCUCAUUGAAAUUAGUUCGGGGGUGUCAGAAGCCACGCUCAACAAUCUUAAAGUGCCCACGCCUAGUUCUUUACGACUGGAUGCCACUGCCUCAGUUGAAUCGGCCAGAGAAGUCAUCGCCAUUAAAGAUUACUGUCCAUCAACUUUGACCACCCUAAAGUUUUGUAAAGGAGACCGGCUUUAUGUUCUUGACACGUCUGCCGGAGAGUGGUGGUACGCCCAUAAUUACAAAGAAAUGGGUUACAUCCCGGCCGCCUACGUCCAGGCUGUCAAACAUCGAGAGUUUUCAUCCUGUGACAGUGGCAUGAUUGACAGCCUGUGUGACAUAUCUACAGCUGAGAGUAAAGAGCUGGAGCAACGUGGAGAGUGGUCAGAGUUCAAAAAACCCACAGUUUCUCAAAACGGGAACCUUUUCGUAACUAAGCGAAUGUCUUUGAACCCAUUCCUUGAGGGUUCUUUGCAGAGCACAGAUGAUCAAAAUAGCAUCCAGAGUCCAAGCAACAGUAUUAACAUGAACAGGUUUGGAAGCAAUAUAUUUGAUCCCAAAGCUCCAGUUCUUCGUAGAGACAAUCCAUUUUACAGGAGCAAGCGCUGUUACAGCUUGUCAGAACUGUCCAUUUUGCAAUCCCAGGCAGAUUCACCUCAGGAGUUGUUGAGUUUCUUUGGUGGUCUGAAAUCACCUGCACCUGAAGAGUUUCAAAGUAGAGAGGACUUUAAAAGUGCCUGGUUAAGCCACCGGAAGCUCGCAAGAUCCUGCCAGGACCUUGAUUCAAUAGGGCAAAGUCCUGGAUGGGGUCAGACACAACCAAUAGAAACGCAUAUGUUUUGUAAGCUAGAUAGCUCUGGUGGUACUGUGCAGUUACCUUACACUACUAUCAGCAUGCAUGUCCCAGAAGGUCAUGUUGCACCAGGUGACACCCAGCAAAUAUCUUUGAAGGCUCUUCUAGAUCCACCGUUAGAGCUUAACAAUGACAGAUGUACUACCGUCAGCCCAGUGGUGGAGAUCAAGCUCAGUAAUCUGGAAACUAAAACCACUGUAACCCUGGAGAUGAAAGUAUCCGUCGUAGUCAAGAUGGAAAGUCGACAAAAGGCAGAAGUAAUCUGUGUCCGGAGCGACUGCAAGGAAGGACCCUACGUUCCAGUUCCUGAUGUCUACAUGUAUAGAGACACAGUCCAAGUAACUCUGGAAAAUUUGGAGCCCUGCAUGUACGUGUCGGUUGUUGCCCAAGCCAAAGUUCUUACCCCAUAUAAUACAGUCUGGGAACAUGUUGUGAAGAAAGUUACACUUGGGGUAUAUGGCCCCAAACAUAUCCACCCAUCCUUCAAGACAGUCGUUGCCCUGUUCGGUCAUGAUUGCGCCCCACAAAACCUGUUAGUCAGUGAGUCUAACAAGCAGGCGCAUUGUUCUCCACCAGUGUCCUUCCAGCUCUGGGGGAAACACCAGUUUGUCCUUGCAAAGCCUCAAGACCUUCAAGUUGGUGUGUAUUCCAACAUCUCAAACUUUGAAGUAAAAGUAAGCGAGCAGACAAGAGUGGUGAGGGGUUUUCAGCUCAAACUUGGCAAAGUAUCCCAUCUCGUCUACUUCAUAUCUGCCCGCGAUUCAGCCAACAUCUCGGACUUUACCUUGCGUGUUCAGGUCAAAGACGACCAGGAACGUACCCUCGCCCAGUUCUGUGUUCAGACCCCACUGCCUCCACCAAAGGUAGCAGCAAGCAGUGUGCAGAGGCGCUUUUUGAAGAAAAAAGAUGUAAAUAACAGAAUUACGCUAUCUUCUUCGGUGGCACCCACAAAAUACCCUGUGUUUCAGGACAGACCGGUCAAAACCCUCAAGUUCGGGAAGCUGCUCAAAUCUGUCCUUCGACAGCAAAAGAAACAGUAUUUACUCGAGUAUUUGAAAGGAGAAGAGGUGGCACUUUUGAGUGAGGAAAAAAUCAAACUUAAGGGGCAUCUGUGGAACAAGGAGUGGUACAUCGCAUACUAUCGUGGAAAGAUAGGACUCAUAAAUGCAAAGAACGUUCUUAUAAUGGGGAAAGUCAAACCACCUACUUUUAAAGGACCUGAUCUUACAUCUGCUCUGCUUUUAGACCAAAUCCUAAAUUCUUGCAAAUGCCUUACCUACAUGUAUGCCUCGGUGAGGACCGAACUGAUGGAAAAUGUGAGCAACUGGAGAGCUUUUGCAGAUGCUUUGGGCUAUGUCAACCUUCCUCUGUCGUACUUUUGCCGAACCGAGCCAGACAGUGAACCUGAAAAAGUGGCCUCUGUUUUGGAGAAGCUUAAAGAGGACUGCAAUGGAGCUAACGGAAGAGUAGGGAAGUCUUUCCAGAAGGAGCUCAUGAUGGCUCUGUUAAAGCUUGACUGUCAGGGCCUGGUGGUUCGUCUGGUGAAGGACUUUGCACUUCUCACCACAGCGGUGGAAGUGGCUGGCCGCUGGAGGGAACUCGCCGAAAAACUAUCCAAAGUGUCACGCAAACAGAUGGAUGCCUACGAAGCUCCUCAUCGAGACAUCGACGGGGUUGUGGAGAGCGAGGCCAUGUGGAAGCCGGCAUAUGAUUUCCUUGUAACAUGGGCAGCCCAGAUUGGCGAUAGCUACAGGGAUGUGCUCCAGGAGCUUCAGAUCGGCCUCGACAAAAUGAAAAAUCCCAUUACCAGACGCUGGAGGCAUCUAACCGGAGCGCUCAUCCUGGUCAACUGUCUCGAUCUGUUACGGAGCUCCGCCUUUAGCACCUCUCCCCGAGAAGACUGUGCAGUAUAAACAGGAAGAUGUGUUCAAAUUCACAUUCUACUCACUAUAUGAACUAAUGUGGUGGUUUUGUUAUGAAUUGAAU